AUGUCCACAAGCAUUACAGUAAGAAAUAGAGAUCGAUCGCUACCACCGCUAUUGCUCCCCAAUGUUUCCCUGCUAGAAAAAGAUAUACGGCGUAAAGGCACCCAAAAUGUGGGCAUCACCGAUCCAGAACUCUUGUCGACCACUUGGACGAGGAAGCGGGCUUUUCCGACUGACGAGCUUUUAGGAGGCUAUAAGAGAUUAAAGCCUGCUGCCGCUGACAGUAAUGAGUGCGCUAUUGGUAUUGCCACGGUGACGCCGCCGCCAACGCUCCCCGUAAGUGCGAUUGUUCCCCCUCCACAAAAUUACACUCCACCAUUGUUUGAGUAUCAUCCUCAUGCUCUUGCUUCCAUGGUCAAUGAAGACGCUAAUGCGUCAUGCACUCAAAUGUCUAUAAUUUCGCGCUCAACGAGCAACUCGACAACCUCCUCUGCCACAUCUACUAGUUCAAUUUCCAAGAGACAAAGAAGUGGCCCAAGUUGUGACAAAUGUCGUUUGAAAAAAAUAAAAUGUAAUGCGAAAAUUGAGAUUUUGCUUCAAGACGAUACUAUAAUGCCAAUGAUCUCGAACAAGUUGCGGUACGUCUUGACUCCUGACGAUAUUCGGCUAUAUCGAGGCACGCUGUUGCGGAAUAUUGCCAUACCGGAUGAUGUCAUUGAGGGUACAGGCUCACGCAAGUUGAUUAAGCAUAUUGAUAAGUUGGUUUUGCUCACACCUUGUUUACCAUGCAUUAAGAAAAAGCAUUCUUCUUCUUCCACUAAUUUCCCAAAAAAUGAUAAAUGUACUUUUUCAAAAGGCUUUACCAGAGCUGACAUAAACAUUUCAUCCAAAAUCUCCUUAAAAUUUAAGGAUAAAACCAUUUACGACAUAACCUAUGAUGACUAUAAAAGCAUUGAUUUUUAG